AUGUAUCGGAAGUUGUCUAAGUUAGAACACUCGGAAAUAAAACAACUUCUUACAGAAGCUAAUAUAGAUGUUGCAAAGCAUUACGCAACAAACAAAAAAGCACUCGCUGACUUCAUUAAAGACUAUAAUGGUGCAAUAAAUUAUGAUAGAAUUCAUGAGUUCAUAAAGCCGCAACGCGGCGAGGACGAAGUCCAUGCAAUAGCAUUUCCUUUAAAUGACGUUGCUAUUGACUUAUAUCAUAGACGUUCAGUACCUCAUGAAGUAAGAAGAGAGAUGUUUGACAUAACAAAUGCAAACGUUGGUGAAACAAGAAGAAGAGACGACACACUGAAACAACAGAGAAGAGAG